CAGCGCCUGCCCACCAGAUUGUCAUGUGAUAUCUUUUUGCAGUUUCUUGUUCCAGGCUGAAGUUAACGUUAAACAGAUGGGGCUGUGGCUAUAUAUUCUCAUGGUAGCCUUGGGCUUACAAUUUCAGGGCACUGCAGCAGUUCGUUCCUUCAGCAUUGAUUAUAAAAAUAACUGCUUCCUGAAGGAUGGAAAUAAGUUUCGUUAUAUCUCAGGUAGCAUCCAUUACUUCCGUAUCCCACCAGCUUAUUGGAAAGACCGGCUCUUCAAGAUGUAUAUGAGUGGCCUCAAUGCUGUACAAAUUUAUGUCCCAUGGAAUUACCAUGAACCAUUGCCUGGAAUUUACAACUUUUCUGGGGACAGAAACUUGGAAGGAUUCUUGGACUUGGUGGCCCAAUUAGGGCUAUUGGUGAUAUUGCGCCCUGGACCCUACAUCUGUGCUGAAUGGGAUAUGGGUGGCCUUCCGUCCUGGCUGUUGGCAGAACCAAAUAUUAUUCUACGAACAUCUGAUCCAGGUUUUCUGCAAGCUGUCAACAAAUGGCUGAGUGUCCUGCUACCCAAGAUAAAACCUCGUCUUUAUCAAAAUGGAGGUAACAUCAUCAGUAUCCAGGUGGAGAAUGAAUAUGGAAGCUAUUACGCAUGUGACUAUGCCUAUAUGCGUCACCUCCUGGCUGUUUUCCGCUUGUAUUUGGGCAAAGAAAUUGUGCUUUUCACAACUGAUGGCCUCAAAGAAUCCGAGCUGCGAUGUGGGACCUUGCAAGAUUUAUAUGCCACUGUGGACUUUGGAUCAGAAGUAAAUGAGACAAGAGCAUUUGAACAGCAGCGUCUGGUUGAACCAAGAGGGCCACUGGUGAAUUCUGAGUAUUACACAGGCUGGCUGGAUUAUUGGGGUGAGCCACACUCCACGAAAAGUACUACAGUUGUGACGCAGGGCCUACAGAAGAUCCUAGAAUUGGGAGCCAACAUCAACAUGUAUAUGUUCCAGGGCGGCACCAACUUUGGUUAUUGGAGUGGUGCUGAUUAUAAAGAGAAGUAUUAUCCUAUCACUACUAGCUAUGACUAUGAUGCACCUCUCUCAGAAGCUGGAGACCCUACAGAAAAGCUGUAUGCCAUUCGAGCUGUCAUUGGCAAGUUUCAGCCUGUGCCUGCAGGACCAAUACCACCCCCAACUCCCAAAUUUUCAUAUGGCUAUGUGUCUUUACCACUGUGUGUGGCCUUUUUGGAUAUUCUAAGUCUUCUCUCCCCUGGCCUACCAUUCCAUUCUUCCUUCCCCCUCACUUUUGAGGCUCUGAAGCAGACCCAUGGCUUUAUGUUGUACCGUACUGUUCUUCCAGAUGACAUCCUACAGCCUGUUUUUCUCUCUGUCCUUGAAAAUGGGACCCAUGACCUUGCCUACGUUUUACUUAAUGGAGAAUAUAAAGGGACACUGGAACGAGACAGAGUGAACGCCAUCAAUAUAACUGGCCAGCUAGGAGAUUCAUUGGACUUGCUGGUGGAGAGCAUGGGUCAUAUCAAUUUUGGAGCAAAUAACAGUGACUUUAAGGGCCUGACUCACAAUGUUACUUUGGGUUCCAUUGUUCUAAGUGACUGGCUCAUCUAUCCACUGGAUAUUGACUCAGCUGUGGCCCAAGAAUGGCCUCCAUAUGUCCCACGAAGCAAUAACACAGCAGGACCUGCUUUCUAUACUGGGGUCUUCAAAACACCUGGUAUCAACUAUGACACCUAUGUGAAGUUUCCAGGGUGGAGCAAGGGCCAGAUCUGGAUCAAUGGUUUUAACCUGGGCCGUUUCUGGCCAGUUCGUGGACCCCAGCAAACCCUCUUUGUGCCUGGCUUUCUCCUCAAUACCUCAGUUCUCAACACUAUUGUAGUGCUGGAAUUGCAGAAUGCACCAUCAAACCCAAAGGUACUUUUUCUUGACCGUCCCGUUCUCAAUGACACUUCUAGCUUCUUUCAAAAGGACAUGAAGUAGCUGGAAAUACUAUCCAAUUAUGACACUGCUGAGACCCGUGGCAAAAGAAAUAUAUUGAAAUCACUGUCUUGUAAGAAUCAAAUGAAUAAAGUAUCGGACUGUA